ACUGGACUGAAAGACCGUAUAGCAGGGUUCACAAGCACCUAUCUUGAACCAAAAGCUAACGUUUUAUCAUAGCCCUGGAGAUUUUGGACAGAAUGGCCUCCAGUUCAAGCGAGUGUCCAGGGAGGAGUAUGCAAUACCGAGUUGACCACCUUCUGAGCGCCGUGGAAAACGAAUUACAGGCGGGGAGCGAGAAGGGAGACCCCACGGAAAGAGAGCUCAAAGUUAGUCUAGACGAGAACGAACUGUGGCAAAAGUUCAAGGAACUCACCAACGAAAUGAUAGUAACCAAGAAUGGCAGGCGGAUGUUUCCUGUGCUGAAGGUGAGCGUAUCAGGACUGGAUCCCAACGCCAUGUACUCGUUUCUGCUUGACUUCAUGGCAGCGGACAAUCAUAGGUGGAAAUACGUGAACGGAGAGUGGGUCCCCGGCGGCAAACCCGAGCCACAGGCCCCCAGCUGCGUGUACAUCCACCCAGACUCGCCGAACUUCGGAGCGCACUGGAUGAAAGCCCCAGUUUCCUUCAGUAAAGUCAAACUCACGAACAAACUGAACGGAGGUGGCCAGAUUAUGCUGAACUCUCUACACAAGUAUGAACCCCGCAUCCACAUAGUGCGGGUCGGCGGCCCGCAGAGGAUGAUCACGAGUCACUCUUUCCCGGAGACGCAGUUCAUUGCAGUUACCGCAUACCAGAACGAAGAGAUAACAGCACUGAAAAUCAAAUACAACCCAUUCGCCAAAGCAUUUUUGGAUGCCAAAGAGAGAACUGAUCACAAAGACAUUAUAGAUGAAGUUGGGGACAACCAACAGUCUGGAUAUUCCCAAUAUGGUUACACAGACAAUUCAUCUGCCUGCCUGUCCAUGCUGUCCUCCCAUGAGAACUGGUCCAGCCUACAGAUGCCUACCCACUCCAGCAUGCUGCCCAUGGGCCACAGCACAAGCCCUGCCACUAACUCUAGCCAGUACCCCAGCCUGUGGUCAGUGAGUAACUCCUCGCUCACGCCAGUGUCUCAGUCCAGUGGGAUGUCCACUGGUCUGGGCUCCCAGUUCCUGCGAGGCUCCGCCAGCCACUACCCAAGCCUCUCCCACCCCAGCACAGGACACCCCUCAGGCUCUCCGCUGUACGACAGCGCUGCCCCAACGGACAUGCACGAGGUCUCCCAGUACGACACAUCCCCCCACACACGCCUGGCCACUGCCUGGACACCUGUCACUCCCCCUUCCCUGUAGGGCUGCGCACUUCCACACAUAAGACAGCCACCCACAGACUGAACAUCGAUGUCUCAGAAAUGUUACAAUCUAUAGGAGCAUCUGAAAAUAUGUGAUUUUGACUAUGCAUGAAGAAAUGCUGUAAGACUUGAGGUGAAUAUGAACUAUAAGCAGACAACACCAUACUGAGCUCUUACCUGCUUUCUUGAUGUGACCCGAGCACAUUAAUAAGCUAAAAUGUUUUUUUUUUUACUUUCUGUUCCCACUGUGAACUGGGCUGAAGCACCACAUGAACAUAUGCGUUGUUGUGUCUUGACAUAUUUGAUUUCAAAACACUGGCGCAGCAUCUGUUCCCUUCAAGGGUGUACAGUUGAAGAGUCACAGUAUUCUUCACCCUGUGUUUAUCACAACUCUGAAUGAAUAUUUCCUCUUUUUGUUUAAGAUAUGAUUUAAGA